AUGUUGGCGAGCGAUUUCAACGGUCAAAUGGGACAAUAUCAAAAUAUUUCUGCCUGGUACUCUCAGCAAUUGCAGAUACAGCAUUCUACAAUGUCUAUGUUGCGCUUCCGGAGGCUACUGAGCCAGUAUCAUCCAUCAUACGGAACAAUCCACGGUUCUGGCCCUUCUUCAAAGACGCUAUUGGUGCUUUGGAUGGAACACACAUCAAUUGCGCUCCAUCUGCUGCUGACCGUGAUGCAGCUCGGGAUCGUAAAGGCGGGAUGUCUAUGA